UGAGACAAGGCAAACAUAACGAACAUAAGGCAUAGUUGUCAUUCUAGACAUGCAUUUGCAGCCGUGGGUAACCUUUGUCGCUGUGACACUUAGAUAUGCUUCAGAGGACAGAAACGAUUGAACCAAAUCACACGCGACGUCCUUAACCUGCACGUGACGUCAGGUGCAUGUCACUUUCACCUGGGCCGUCGCACGCCACCGCAGUUUGUUGCAUUUAAAGUGCUACCAGUCCGCAAUCAGCUUCACAAAUCACCAUGCCGGAGCUGGUAGAGAAGGAGACAUGUUUCAUCAACAGAAGAACUGCCAGGUUGUUGGUUAUCAUCGUUGUCUACAUCAUGUUCCUUGUCGUCGGUGCGAUCAUCUUUUGUGCUAUUGAAGGGCCACAGGAGAGGCAAACUGGGCAGAGGCUCCGGGACUUUAGGGCGGGAUUUCUGGAAAAAAACACUUGUGUCGAAGAAGAGGAGCUAGAGGAAUUGAUACUGGAGAUUGUCUACGCCACCCACCGAGGCGUGGCUGUACAGAGGAACGUCACCGGCCCGCCUAACUGGUCCUUCGCACCCGCCCUCUUCUUCGCAGGAACAACCAUCACCACUAUAGGCUAUGGGCACGUGAGGCCGCUGUCUGACGGCGGGAAGGUGUUCUGCCUGGUGUACUGUACUAUCGGCAUCCCGCUCUCACUGCUGCUCUUCGGCAUGUUGGUCUCCAGGAUGAACACCGUGUCGUACAGGGGGCUCGACAUGCUGCACAAAAGGUUUGGAGGAAAGGCCGACCCUGGGACUAUGAGAAUGGUACACUUCGUCAUCUUAGCGUCCGUGUGUUGCACAAUGGUCAUAUUCCUGCCUGCGAUGAUUUUCUCCCUAGUAGAGGUUGACUGGCACUACUUUGACGCCCUGUACUACUGCAUGAUCUCCCUCACUACCGUAGGGCUGGGCGACUACGUGCCGGGGGAGCACAUAAAGCAGAAACAACGGGACCUGUACAAGAUCUGCAGCACUAUUUAUCUAGUGUUCGGCCUGUCUGUCAUGCUGCUGGUCCUGGACAACGCCUCCCGUUUCCCAGAGUUCCGUGCCUAUAUGUCCUCCCUCUCAUGUUUUGACGACCAAACAAUCCCAAAAGCCAAUGGUAAAUCCCCAGAAUUGUUGCAUCAAGAAGAACCACUGGACUGUGAGCCACUGGAAGAGGAUAUCCAGUUGAAGGGCAGCGUGCAGAGGGAUUACAAAUCCCUGGCGGUGGCAGGACAUUAAAUUCAUAGUUGCAAAGACAUUGGUCAUGUUUCCUGUCACAUCAACUCUGUUCUUUGCCGUACAUUUGGAAAAUUACGCGCAACCUGUACGAAUUACAUGUAGAUGAAUCUCUAUAAAACUAUGUGGAAGUGGAAAGUAACUUAUUUUGCCAGAAGAUAUCUGAGAAAAUCAUCCUUAAUAUUUUGCCAUUACCGAACAGAAGAGGCUAUCUGUUUUGCAUUGCAAUUCUUGCAACUGACUUACAAUUGUGAACAGUUAACAGUAUUUCUUUAUGGCAAGGUUACAAAUAUUUCUGUGUGUACUACCGCAUAGAAAGUGGAUUUACUUUGCAAGCAAUGCAUAGAAUACUAUAUUUCAUCCAUUAAUCCAGAAGAAUAUUCAAAUUAAUAAUAUGUGAGUGACAUAAUAAUAUGGUCUAAAAGUAUGCACCUCAUACUAGUUCAAACUUAGACUUAUUGAAACCAUACACAGUGAAAUUUCCAGAGGAAAUAAUAAACCCUUGAAUGUAAAUAUG